UAAGAGGAGAGAAACACCAUGACUUUGUGUCAUUACUGCUCUCUGUUGUGCACCUCUGCACACACCAGUCCCAUACUCUCAUUACUGAAAAAUAUCUUCAAACUAAGUCUAAACAACACUCUGAGGAUGUUAUCCAGGUCAGAACUUCCAUUGGUUCUUUGUCUCCUGCAACUUGUCUCCAUCUCUGCUGACAUAGACAAUGGCAUCUUCCUCAUCUUCAAUCAGGACCACAACAAGUGCAUAAAAGCAGAGGGCGCCACAUCGGUAACUCUGGAUCAAUGUGAUCCCCACGCCAAGGAGCAGCAGUUUCGCUGGGCCUCUGAGUCUCGCCUUCUCAGCCUGUCCCUCAAAUUGUGUCUGGGCGCCGCAGAGAUUAAAGACUGGGUGAAGGUUCUCCUCUUCGAGUGCAACGAGAGCAGUGUUCUUCAGCACUGGCAAUGCAAGAACGAGACCCUUUUUGGUCUUAAAGACCAGGACCUGCACCUAAACUAUGGCAACCGUAAAGAGAAAAAUGUAAUGAUCUAUAAAGGCUCGGGGGUGUGGAGUCGCUGGAGGAUUUUUGGCUCUCAGGGGGACCUUUGUUCAAAGGGGUAUCAAGAGGUUUUCACUAUUGGGGGGAACGCAUUCGGAAGACCUUGUCAGUUCCCCUUUAGGUACCAGGAGAAAUGGUACGCUGAAUGCACAAAGGAUGGCCGCUCAGAUGGACAGAUGUGGUGUGCAACAACAAGAGAUUACGACAAAGAGAAGAAGUGGGGGUUUUGUGCAACCAAAACAUCGACUGGCUGGAACACAGACCCAGUCACUGGAGUUCAGUAUCAGAUGAACUCACAAGCAGCUCUGACCUGGUCUCAGGCCCGGAGGAGCUGCCAGCAGCAGGGAGCUGACCUCCUCAGCAUCGUAGAGCUCCAUGAACAGUCGUUCAUUUCAGGGUUGACGAAUCAUUUGGGAAUUUCUCUCUGGAUCGGGCUGAACAGCUUGGAUUUUGAGAGCGGGUGGCAGUGGAGCAACGGGAACCCAUUCAGAUAUUUAAACUGGGCUCCUGGCCAUCCCUCCUCAGCACCUGGGCUCACCUGUGCAGCUCUAAAUGCUGCAAAAGCAUCAAAAUGGGAGAGCAAGUCCUGCGACAAAAGAAUUGGUUACAUUUGUCGGAAAGGAAACUCAACCAGAUUGCCUCUACCACCAAGUAAAGGACCCAGCUUCUGUCCCAGUCACUGGGUUCCUUAUGGAGGAGACUGUUACUACCUGGAGAGGACUAAGAAGAUGUGGAAGGAUGCUUUGGCUGCGUGCCACAAGGAUGGAGCAGAUUUGGCCAGUAUACACAAUAUAGAGGAGCAGAGCUUCAUCAUAUCCCAGUCUGGUUACCUACAGACAGAUGUGCUUUGGAUCGGCCUGAACGACCAGAAGAACCAGAUGCUUUUUGAAUGGUCCGAUCACUCCCACGUCACCUUCACCCAGUGGCAGAGUGACGAGCCAUCCCAUGAUAACAGCUUCCUGGAAGACUGUGUCCUCAUCCGGGGAAAAGACGGAAAGUGGGCGGACCAGAUGUGUGAGAAGACGUAUGGGUACAUUUGUAAGAAGAAGGCCUCUGUUAAACCAUCUGAAGGUGCCCAGCAGGAAGUCAACCCAGGAUGCAAGCUUGGUUCUGUCCGAUUUGGCUCCUAUUGUUAUAACAUAGGAGCUGAAACAAAAACCUUUGAAGAGGCGAAGCAGGCAUGCUCAGUGGCUGGUGCCAACCUAUUGGACAUCAAUGAUAGAUUUGAGAACGCUUUCCUCAUCAGUUUGGUAGGACUGAGACCAGAAAAGUAUUUCUGGACAGGUUUGUCCAACGUGGAAGACAUACAUACUUUCAAAUGGACAACCAUGAGAAAAGUCACCUUCACUCAUUUCAACGUGGGCAUGCCAGGCAGGAAACAGGGAUGUGUUGCCAUGACCACUGGGAUUUUUGCAGGAUUAUGGGAUGUUAUCAGCUGCAACAACAAGCAGAAGUAUAUUUGUAAGAAGCUGGCAGAGGGGGCCCCGGUAACCACAGUUCCUCCAACCACCCCAGCUCAGAACUGUCCAUCUACAUGGACCCCUGCUGCCAAAAGGAAUGUCUGCUACAAACUUUACAGGGAGAUGAAAGAACACAAGAAGACUUGGCAGGAAGCAGAAGACUUCUGCAAGGCCAUGGGUGGACACCUGAUGAGUAUACACAGUUUGCUGGACCUGGAAUAUUUAGCAUACCAAAUGUCUGACCCAGCAUGGAUAGGUGCCAAACUAAAGGGUACCAAUGAAGGUUAUGCCUGGAGUGAUGAUUCAAACUUUGGCUAUCAAAAUUGGGGCUUCGGAGAACCAAACAACCACAAUGACAAUGAACAUUGUGCAGAAGUCCAGGCCUUCUACGGACGUCACUGGAAUGAUCGGCACUGUGAGGUCUAUAAUGACUGGAUUUGCCAGAUACGCAAAGGAGUUACACCCAAACCUGAGCCUGCCUUGGUUGUUGAAGAGUACAACACCACAGAAGAUGGAUGGCUCAUAUACAACGACAGUCAUUACCUCAUCAAUACUGACACCUUACCAAUGGAAGCUGCCAGAACCUACUGCAAAAAAAACUUUGGUGAACUUGCAGUCAUAACAGGAGAAAGUGAGAGGAGGUUCCUCUGGAAACAAAUAGCCAAAGGUGCAGAAAACCAGUACUACAUUGGCAUGAUUGUGAAUCUGGAUAAAUCUUUCAGUUGGCUGGAUGGGACACCAGUGACUUACACUGCUUGGGAACGCAAUGAGCCCAACUUUGCCAACAAUGAAGAAAAUUGUGUGACUAUGUACAAGAGCAUGGGGUUCUGGAACGACAUUAACUGUGGUGCAGAGAUUCCCUUUAUCUGCAAAAGAAGCAACAAUUUUGUCAACACAACUAUGGCACCAACAACAGUCCCUCAAGGAGGAUGUUCACCUGAGUGGGUUUCCUUCCAACGAAAGUGCUACAAAUUAUUUACGGGCAAUAACAAGGACUGGUGGGAUGCCAGGACGUAUUGCGUCCAAGAGGGAGGAAAUCUGGUGUCCAUAGCCAACAAAAUGGAGCAAGCAUUCUUAACAACCCAGUUGUUACAUCACAAUGAUGAUGUGUGGAUUGGCAUGAAUGAUAUCAACCGGGAGAUGCAUUUUGUGUGGACAAACGGCAAAGCCAUCACAUUCACCAACUGGGCUAAAGGCUAUCCCAACUCAUAUUUCAAUGAGGUGUUUGACUGUGUCAUCAUGGUGGGGAGCACCAAUAAACUUAAAGGACAGUGGAAGGUGGAAUACUGUGCUGUAAAACGUGGCUUCAUCUGUAAAAAAAAUGUUGACUCCCAGAUUGCAGUACCAGCCACUACUGUGUCAUCAAAGACCUUUCACAAGAUUGGCAAUGACUCCUACAAGCUGGUGACCCAGAAAUUGAGAUGGGAUGAAGCACGAAGAGAGUGCCAGGCAGAUGAUGCAGAUCUGGCCAGUAUACGGAACCCUGUGAGCCAGGCAUUCAUCACUCUGCUGAUUUCCAAGCACAAAGAACCAAUUUGGAUUGGUCUCAACAACAAUGUGACUGGAGGACGCUUCAAGUGGGUUGACAACUGGCUUCUUACGUCUACCAAAUGGGGUGAGAAUGAGCCAAAAAGAAACUAUGGCUGUGUGUACAUAGACGUGGACCAAGCAUGGAAGACAGCGCCAUGCACCAGCACCUACUAUUCUAUUUGCAAAAGGUCGCCAGAGGUAGCUCCAACUGAACCACCACAACUUCCUGGGAACUGUCCAGAGACAAAGGGUUAUAGAAACUGGAUUCCUUUCAGAGGCCAUUGUUAUGCCUUUUUUUUUUCAAUGGCAGAAAACUGGGCCUAUGCCUCCGUUUCUUGUAUAAGAAUGGGUGCAUCAUUAGUGAGUAUAGAGGACCCUGUUGAGGGGAGAUUCAUACAACAGAAUCUGGACAUUCUGCAGGACGGUGUAAAAAGUUUCUGGAUUGGUCUGCACAAGUCCUAUGAUGGUGAUUGGAUGUGGAUUGAUAACAGCAUUUUGGACUAUACAAACUGGAAAUCAGGGUUUCCAAAGUCAGAGAUGUGUGUCGCCAUCCAUUCUGACAGUGGACAGUGGAGCACAAGCGACUGCACCACAUAUAGAUCUUACAUCUGCAAAAGACCUAAAAUUAUAAACCCCACAGAAAAGGCUCCAUCUGCUGCUCCUGUUUUUCAAGAGGUUUCACAUGGAUCUGCUGGCAUCCCUGUAGCUAUAGUGUUAAUUAUAAUUGCUUUAGUUGGACUUGGGGCCUUCUUCCUGUUCCGUAAUCGAAUACAAAUACCCACACCUGUCCUGGGAGAGUGCACGUUUGACAACAAGCUCUACUUCAACAAUCCAAACCGAGCUCCUGUGGACACUAAAGGCUUGGUGGUCAACAUAGAGCAGAACGAACAAGCAUAGAAAACAUGAGACUAAAAAGACUUUGGAAAAGAUCUUAAAGAAAUGCUCCAGUGUUAUUUUCAUCUUUUUCAGAAGCAAAAAGAUGUUAAUAAAAAUUAUAAGUCUGACGUCGUACUUAAGUAAACACAAGAUUUUACAUACUGAUGUUUUUAAAAGCACAUUAAUAAAAAUAAGUUUAAUUAAUUUGCACAAACUUGUUGGGACUGUUUCAAUCAGUGCAACCAAGAACGUAUGUGUACAUGUUUAAACUCACCAAAGGUUAGCUUGUUUUAUUACAAAUCGACAGAUCUAUAAAAACUAAAGUGUUGUGAAUAUUCUCAAGGGGCUGUUUGCCACUCUCGUAUUUCCUGGUGAUUCUGUAAAUAAAUGUUAAAAUAAAUUCA